CAAUCCGAACGGGAAAUAAGCGAAAUCAAUUUUUCAAGUACGUACAUACCAACGCUCGCCGUUGCUGUAUCAAUCGAUAUCCAAUCGAAGCGAAGCAAUUUCUGGAACUCAGUUCAGUUCUUCGCUCAAAGAUGGCGAGACACGAACAGCUUCCUGUCCCGGUUUACUCCAUUCUUGAACCAGUCUACGGGGACGGUUCCCAAUUGGAAGAAGCUCAGCUCCGGUUCAAUAAUUUGAAGUCCAAGUUUAUUGAAGUUUUUGGCCACGCUCCCGACGUCUAUGCUCGAUCUCCAGGGCGAGUGAAUUUGAUUGGGGAACACAUCGACUAUGAGGGCUACUCGGUUCUGCCGAUGGCGAUACGGCAGGACACUAUUGUUGCCAUCCGGAAGCACGGUGUCGAGGAGUCCAAUGAAAAGCGUCUUGUGAUUGCCAAUGUUAGUGAGAAGUACUCAGUCUGUACUUAUCCUGCUGACCCAGACCAGGAAAUUGACCUGAAGAAUCAUAGAUGGGGUCAUUAUUUCAUCUGCGGGUAUAAGGGCUUCUAUGAGUAUGCUAAAGCAGAAGGACUGGAUGUUGGCCUACCAGUUUCACUUGAUGUCAUGAUUGAUGGAACAGUUCCAACAGGGUCUGGAUUAUCAAGCUCUGCUGCUUUUGUUUGCUCUUCCACAAUUGCUAUAAUGGCUGCAUUUGAUUUGAAUUUCCCAAAGAAAGAUCUUGCUCAACUUACAUGUGAAUGUGAAAAACACAUUGGGACGCAGUCUGGUGGAAUGGACCAGGCUAUCUCUGUCAUGGCUCAAUCUGGUUUCGCUGAACUGAUUGAUUUCAAUCCUAUUCAAGCAACUGAUGUGCAACUUCCUGCUGGUGGGUCUUUUGUAAUAGCUCAUUCAUUGGCCGAAUCUCAGAAAGCAAUCACUGCUGCUACGAAUUACAAUAACCGAGUUGUUGAAUGCCGGCUUGCUGCUAUUGUACUUGGUAUAAAGCUUGGAAUGAAACCUGAAGAGGCGACAUCCAAAGUGAAAACUCUUUCUGAUGUUGAAGAAAUGUGUGUAGCAUUUGCUGGCACUCAUGGAUCCACUGACCCUGUCCUUGCUGUCAAGGAACUUUUGAGUGAAGAACCAUAUACAGCUGAAGACAUUGAGAAAAUUACAGAAGCAGACCUGCGAUCAAUCUUUGCCAAUUCCCCAACUUCUUUAGAUGUUCUAAAAGCUGCCAGACACUAUAAAUUAUUCCAGAGAGCGUCUCAUGUCUAUUCUGAAGCCAAGCGUGUACAUGCUUUCAAGGACACUGUCUCAUCAAACUCAAGGUUCAGUUCAAAUCGUGAAGAGGAGAUCUUGAAGAAGCUUGGUGACCUUAUGAAUGGAAGCCAUUAUAGCUGCAGUGUUUUGUACGAAUGCAGCUGCCCUGAGUUAGAAGAACUCGUAAAAGUUUGUCGGGAUAGCGGAGCUCUGGGGGCGCGGCUUACAGGAGCUGGAUGGGGUGGUUGUGCAGUCGCUUUAGUGAAAGAAUCAAUUGUACCUGAGUUCAUUCUUAACCUCAAGGAACAAUUUUAUCAAUCGAGAAUCAGCAAAGGGGUGAUCGAGAAGAAUGAUUUCCCUCUCUAUGUAUUUGCUUCAAAGCCUUCAAGUGGUGCUGCCAUAUUCAAAUUCUGAUAUUGGUUUUUCCGGCGCUUUGUAGCGAGAAAAUCUAAUUUAAAAACAAAAUAAAAGCUUUGUGGACUUCAGGUUUUUUUUUUUUUUUUUGUCUUGACUUGUUCAAUUGAUGAAUAACUUAUUUUCCUACAAUGUCCCAUGUAUUAAUAAAUAUUUUUAAAAUCCUUUUAAUAUACAUGACUUUUAUUUGAUGGUGUUA